GAGGAGAGCCUGGCUCACCCAGCCAGGCCUGCGAACGUCUGCUGCGGGUCCUCCCACUCCGGGCUGGGCGCCGCUGCCGCUGCCGCUACCGGCGCUGCCUCGAUGUUCCAGCUGCCCAUCUUAAAUUUCAGCCCCCAGCAAGUGGCCGGGGUAUGCGAGACCCUGGAGGAGAGCGGCGACGUGGAGCGCCUGGGUCGCUUCCUCUGGUCGCUGCCAGUAGCCCCCGCAGCCUGCGAGGCCCUCAACAAAAAUGAGUCGGUGCUGCGCGCGCGAGCCAUCGUGGCCUUUCACGGUGGCAACUACCGCGAGCUGUACCACAUCCUGGAGAACUAUAAGUUCACCAAGGAGUCACACGCCAAGCUGCAGGCGCUGUGGCUGGAAGCACACUACCAGGAAGCUGAGAAGCUGCGCGGACGACCCUUGGGACCGGUGGACAAAUACCGUGUGAGGAAGAAGUUCCCACUGCCGCGCACCAUUUGGGACGGCGAGCAGAAGACACACUGCUUCAAGGAGCGCACGCGGCAUCUGCUACGGGAGUGGUACCUGCAGGACCCGUACCCCAACCCUAGCAAAAAGCGUGAGCUUGCCCAGGCAACCGGACUGACACCCACGCAGGUGGGCAACUGGUUCAAAAACCGCCGACAAAGGGAUAGGGCGGCGGCAGCCAAGAACAGGCUCCAGCAGCAGGUCCUGUCGCAGGGGUCCGGGCGGGUGUUACGGGCCGAGGAGGAGGGCACGCCCGAGGUGCUAGGCGCUGCCGCGAGCCCAGCUGCCAGCCUGUCCAGCAAGGCAGCCACUUCAGCCAUCUCCAUCACAUCCAGCGACAGUGAGUGCGACAUCUGA